CUCCCUCUGUUUGCAGUACGGCUACGCUUAUCCUUCUUCCUUCUUUAAUCUGAUUGAGAACUUGGCCGGUGGGCUGAUCUCAUCCUAUCUUUGUACCUGAAAGAUAACCAAAGAAAAGCGUUUUUGCUGCUUUCAAGCGUCUCUCCUUUCUUUUUUCCAGUUGCCGAUUUUUCUCUAGGAGAUGUCGGACGAUGAGACGAAGGAGGAGAUAGAGUUGGAUCUCUCCUCCUCUGAUGUAGUCACCAAAUACAAGAGCGCCGCCGAGAUCGUUAACAGGGCCCUUCAGUUGGUGGUCUCCAAGUGCAAGCCUAAGGCCAAGAUAGUUGACAUAUGUGAAAAAGGAGAUGCCUUUAUAAGAGAGCAAGCUGGGAGCAUGUACAAGAAUGUAAAGAAAAAAAUUGAGAGGGGAGUUGCCUUCCCAACUUGCAUUUCUGUGAACAAUACCGUCUGUCAUUUCUCACCCAUGGGCAGUGACGAGACUGUUUUGGAGGAGAAUGAUGUUGUGAAGAUUGAUAUGGGCUGCCACAUAGAUGGGUUCAUUGCUGUUGUUGCACACACUCAUGUGCUGCAUGAAGGACCAGUAGGUGGGAGAGCAGCGGAUGUUAUUGCCGCUGCGAACACUGCUGCUGAGGUUGCCUUGAGGCUUGUGAGGCCAGGGAAGAAGAACAAAGAUGUUACAGAAGCCAUUCAGAAAGUUGCAGCUGGAUAUGAUUGCAAGGUUGUUGAAGGUGUUCUUAGUCAUCAGCUGAAGCAGUUUGUGAUUGAUGGAAACAAAGUUAUUUUGAGUGUUGGCAAUCCUGAAACCAGAGUUGAUGAUGCAGAAUUUGAGGAAAAUGAAGUAUAUUCUGUAGAUAUAGUCAUGAGUACUGGUGAUGGCAAGCCGAAAUUGUUGGAUGAGAAGCAAACAACUAUUUACAAGAGAGCUGUGGACAAGAAUUAUCAUUUAAAGAUGAAGGCAUCGAGGUUCAUAUUUAGUGAAAUAAGCCAGAAGUUUCCAAUCAUGCCAUUUACUGCAAGGGCAUUGGAAGAGAAGAGGGCUCGGCUUGGUCUGGUAGAAUGUGUGAACCAUGAUCUUUUGCAGCCAUACCCUGUUCUCCAUGAGAAGCCUGGUGACCUUGUUGCUCAUAUUAAGUUCACAGUUUUGUUGAUGCCAAACGGUCCGGAUAGGAUCACCUCCCAUACUUUGCAACAGCUACAACCUACAAAAGGUAUUGAUAAUGAUCCCGAAAUCAAAGCCUGGUUAGCUUUGGGAUUAAAGACCAAGAAGAAAGGCGGCGGAAAAAAGAAAAAAGGUAAAAAAAGUGAAAAUUUGACUGAAGCUGAGCCCAUGGAAGAAGAAACUGUGAAUGGCGCUGCAGCUCAAGAAUGAGAAAGCAUCAGUUUUGACUACUUUGAUUUACUCUGGUUUUCUCUCCAGCCCUCCUCCAUUGUUUGUUCAAUGUAUUAUAUCUGUGGGAGAUAUUGUGCACAGAAUUGCUUUGAGAAAUUUGUUUAUUUUUAAUGGAAAUAUUGAGGGUAAAAAAUGUGCUUAUGGUAUAAUGAGGCUCUAUUUUAGCUUUUGAGCUGAAUAUGUUCUCUUAGAUUUGUUAUGGAACAUGAUGAGAUGGGUCAAAUGC